AUGUGGUGUUGGAGACGUAUGGAAAAGAUAAGCUGGAUAGAGCGGAUAACGAAUGAAGAAGUACUUAGAACAGUGGAAGAAAAACGUACACUCAUAGAUGUGAUUAGAGAAAGACGCUGGAAAAUGGUCGGACAUGCCAUGAGACAUCCAGAAGAACUGCAUAAUAUAAUAUUAUAG